CUUUCCAAUUGCGACCCUGCAGAAAUAUUUCGAGCAGUAGUCCAGCAGAGGUUUCCGGUUCAAUCAAUCUACCCUGCAAACAACCAUAACCAUGGUGACUAAAAGCAAGCUGAAGACAGCUUUGGCUGCAGAGAGGGGAGUCGACUUCCAUAAGCUCGCCCUGAAAAAGAAGGAGAAGGCAGCACGUAAAAAGAAGGAAACUGGCAAGGGCGGGGCAAAGCCGGUGAAGGAAGACGACGCUGAGGACGGCGAUUCCAAUCUCGAAGAAGACGAGUCAGACGACGAGGAUGCGAGCGACGAAGAGACAUUUGAUAUCGCACAAUUAGACGAGUCAGACAGCGACUCUGAGGUGGAAAUGGAGGAGAAGAUCCAACGGAAACCUAAGCCGACGCAAAAAGCUAUCAAAGCUGCCAAAGAUGCCAAAGCCGCCAAAUUAAUCGCAGAAGCAGAAGAUGACGACGAUGAGGAAGAGGAGGAGGACGAGGAAGACAUUCCCGUAAGCGACUUGGAGGAUCUGUCCCCCGAAGACAAGGAGGAUCUGAUCCCCUUCACUCGCCUCACAAUCAAUAACACAACCGCUCUGCUGGCCUCCCUGAAUCGCAUUCGUCUGCCGACCGAUAAAUCCGUUCCAUUCGCAACACAUCAAACCAUUGUGGGUGUAGAACCGACAGCGGACGCCAUUGAGGACGUUCAGGAUGACUUGAAGCGUGAACUCACCUUCUAUUCCCAGGCCUUAGAUGCAGCCAAGCGCGCGCGCAAACUCCUCAAGGCUGAGGGCGUACCCUUUGAACGGCCAAACGAUUACUUCGCGGAGAUGGUUAAGGAUGACGGGCAAAUGGAGAAGGUGAAAGCCAAGCUGAUCGAGACGGCAAGCGCCAAGAAGGCAUCGGCGGAGGCGCGCAAGCAAAGAGACUUGAAGAAGUUUGGCAAGCAGGUGCAAGUUGCCAAGUUGCAGGAGAGACACAAGGCCAAGCGGGAGACGCUGGACAAGAUAAACCUGCUGAAGAGAAAGCGCUCAGAAAACUCCGGUGACGUGGGAGCGACCGAGGCGGACAUCUUCGAUGUGGGUGUUGAACAGGAGAUCGGAAAGUACAGCGCCGGCAAGGGCCGUGCGCCAAAAAAAGAACGAGAAGUACGGCCACGGCGGCAAGAAGAAGUACGCCAAGUCUGGCGACGCCGCGAGCUCGGGAGACAUGAGCGGGUUCAGUGCCAAGCGGAUGAAGACAGGCACGAAAGGCAAGACUGUCAAGACGGCCAGGUUAGGGAAGAGCCGGCGGACUGCUGGGAAGCGGUGAUAGACUAAAGGCUGCGCAUGGAGUGAGUGCAGGGCGGUGCGUGGAGCUGCAACUGAUGCAGACGACGCCCUGUCGAGAACAAACUUGUAGAUACCACCAGAGUGUUCCGCAUAUUAGUCGGGGAACCAGCAGGCACUAUUGAGAAUUGCAACUUGACUUGGUUACUAUAUUAUGCGAU